AUGGGUUCAGAUCUGGAACCAGUGAAUUCUCCGGUGUUUCCGGCAGAAAAGGAUCUCGAAAUACCGGAAAACGCUCAUCCUCUGAACCAAACCACCUCCAUCCAAGUAUAUAUUCAGCUUGCUGAACCUGCGGUCUUUUUGCAAGGUUUCGAGGCACAUCAGUGGGAGGAACGGCCGCCAGGAUUGUUGCGUGGGUCUUUGAUUCUCAGAGUGCUCAAACCAAGCAAAAUUAAGUCGAUAGAGCUCACAUUUAAAGGUGUAUCGAAGACAGAAUGGCCAGAGGGGAUCCCGCCAAAGAGGCAAGAGUUUUUGGAGUCUCUCGAUCUGGUAAGUCAUACCUGGCCCUUUUUCCAGCUCGAUAAUAAUCACGUUGCCAACAGCAGCUCCACUGAUCCAGACGAUUUAUUGAAAGGCAGCUGGGCCUCAGUAUACCGGCCUUUGAAGAAGAAAAAUGAUGCAGUGAGUCUCAUGAACCUCAAUCCCGUCGUAUCGCCCGGCUCCACAAAAACGCAAGGCUCAAAUUUUCUCCCAAUAUCGGGAAUGCUUCGUAAAGUUGCUUCUCCAGACGGUCACACCAACCGGCAAAGGUCGAAAUCAAGCACCAACGCACUGUCUGACCUGCUUUCGGGCUCUCACUCCAACAACAGCGAUAGCGUCUCUAUGUUCUCCAAGUCAUCGUCAGGACUCGAGCCCUUUAUUUUCCAGCCUGGGGAGUACGUUUACGGAUUUGAGCAGGCCAUACCACUCUCGUGUCCUGAGAGUGUCACGGCUUCCUUUGGCUCCGUCGAGUAUACCCUCAUGGCGACGAUAGAACGUGCAGGAGCCUUCAAAUCCAAUAUUCAUGCAAGAAUGCCUUUAGAGGUAAUAAGAGCACCGUCCGAUUCAUCAGUAGAGGAAACGGAGCCUAUAGUAAUAUCUCGAGACUGGGAAGAUCAACUGCACUACGAUAUUGUGAUUGCAUCCAAAGAUAUCGUGCUAGAUGCAUUUUUGCCUAUCGCUUUCAAGAUAACGCCUCUUGAUAAAGUUACACUGCACAGAGUAAGAAUAUAUCUCACGGAAACGAUGGAAUAUUAUUGCAAGGCCAAAAAAGUUCACCGGCUAGAGCCCACCAAGAAGUUUCUGCUUGCUGAACACAAGGCAGCACCGCUUGAAAAUCUUCCAGCUGGAGCGAACGCAGUGAAGGCCAAGAAUCUCGGUAAUUUGCUCCUGGAUGAAUAUGGAGACCUGGUUUCGAGGGAGUUUGACUACCAGGUCUUUAUACCUGAGAGACUGAAUCUUCAGCAAAAAAUUCAUCCGGAUACGUCAUAUCAAAACAUCAAAGCUAACCACUGGAUCAAAAUUUGCUUGCGUUUGUCCCGGUUCAUCGAGGGCAAACGUAAACAUUACGAGAUCAGCAUCGAUUCUCCAAUCCAUGUUUUAAACAGAUUGUGUUCACAUGCAAACACUUUGUUACCCAGUUAUGACACACAUGCCCUAAUUCCCGGCACUGACUGUUCACAGUUUGGGGAUCUCAAUGUUAACCUCUAUCAUGUUUCAAAUCUGUAUUUCCCGAAAGAGGUCCUUAAGUCUCCCAUAUUAUCACCGGAUGUACAGCCAUUGGAUGAUCGACCAGCAUUUUCCCCACGUUCACUGACCCCUAUCAGACAUGGUAGCUCCAAUAUCAGUCUUUACCAAAGAAAAACCGACGAACACCAAAAGACAGUUGACGACUUUCUCUUGAAUUCUCCAGAGCUUAAAUCCAACGUAUAUCACCCAGGAAGUUUGAAGCCUGAACUCACUUCUGCUCAGGCCAUUCCACUCAGUCCAGUAACAUCCCCUCUAACUAAGCCUAUUCACAUGAUUAGGCGACCCAGUUUUGAGCCUCCUCCAUUUGACGCAAAUCUUCCGUACCCGCCCCACCAUACCUUCAAAAACCUACAUCCCGAUGCUCCAAAGGAUCCACCCAGCUAUGAUGAGUUUUUGAGAACUGAAAAAUCUCGCUCUAAAAGUUUGCGACCAACUUUUACUAUUACUGGAGUCGAUGGUCAAAGAGUGCCAGAGCGGAAUACUGAUAACAGUCAGAAUAAAAGCACUGAAAAUCUCGAGGGUGAUAUUGCCUCCUCGUUUUCCUUCAGCGGCGUUUCCCCUGGGUCUCCGGAACUUCCAAGCUCAAUACUCAAAGGACAGUCUCCGAAACUGAAACCUCUCAGCCUCGCUGCUGGUUCCAGUAGGCGGGGCAGCAUUCAGGACGCUCUCCCAUCCACAGUGAAAAAUAGUAGCGAGUCUUUCAAUGACAUGAAUAAUAUAUUCAGUUCAUUACAUCAAAACGAAGAAUCUCAUUCGUCGAGAAGCCAAUCUUCGUCGGCUAGGGCUUCUCCAAGAUCUUCUGUGGAUACAGCAAGAGGUUACAUGUCUCAAGAGGGAGCAGCAAAUAAUAUGGCUCCACUUCUCAACUACCGAACCAAUCAGACCACAGACACCUUGCUACAGUCCAAAGAAUCUUUUGGAUUUGCAGACACAGCAACGGAGGCCUCAGUGGACAUUACUGCUCUUUAUGAUAGAAACUCGAAUGGCUGGCAUCCUUUGCAAAACGAGUCUCCGGGCUCGCCUGAUUCUUCCAGAGAAUACAACUUGGGAUUUAUUGACGGAAAUAACGUCUUUGAAGAUUUUAGGUCUGCUUUCAAAAUUCCUGCUGGAUCAGAAAGAUGGAGAGCAGGCCACAAACAGUUACAAGAGCUAGCCACAACCGCUAUUUGCACAGGAUCCGACACUAGCCCCGGAACUUCGACAAUGGGCAGUUCUGGUGAAAAUAAAAAUAGUGAUGUUACUUAG